AAUUUUUCAAUUGUUGUCCUUUUCUCUCGCAUCUACCUCUCAAAAUGUCUGUUGGUACUCUUUACACCUCUCCUGGAAAAGAAACAGGCAAACUCAUUAAGGCUACCGCUGCCUUUGGGGGCGUAUCUAUCGAUGUAGAUGCUGAAUACAAACAUAUGGAAACCAACAAAACUGCAGAAUUUCUGGCCAAAUUCUCCCAUGGAAAAAUUCCAACCUUUGAAGGAAAGGAUGGUUUCAAGCUUUUCGAGGGUGUCGUUAUUGCAAAAUACAUCGCUUCUUUGGCUCCCAAUUCUGGUCUUCUCGGAUCAAGCCAGACAGAUGCUGCCUUGGUCGACCAAUGGACACACUUGAUUGAACUCGAAUUUGGUUUACCAACUGAUAUCAUUAACCAACUGGUUAGCGGUAGAAUCCCCUAUACAAAACCCUUUCACAAUGCCCUCCUUGAGCGACAAGAGCGAACACUCACUACCCUCAAUACACAUUUGACAGAAAACACAUUCCUCGUUGGAGAACGCAUCACAGUUGCCGAUCUGGCAGCCGCCGCCUACCUACAACGCGGCGCAUCGAUCUCCUUCGAUGCUCCUCUUCGUGCGAAAUUCCCCGCAGUUGUCAGGCUUCUUGAGACAAUUGUCAACCAACCCAAACUCAAGGAUAUAUACGGAGAGACUAAAUAUGUCGAGAAAGGUCUUCAGUUCACUCCUCCAGCCAAGGACAAGAAGGAAAAAGAGCCAAAAGCCGCUGUUCCUCCAAAGGAGAAGAAGCCCAAGGCAAAGGAAGCUGAUGAUGAUGAUGAGGAUGAACCUCUGGUUCCUGCUGAACCCAAAGAGAAAAAUCCUCUCGACGACCUUCCCAAAUCCUCCUUCAAUCUUGAGGACUGGAAACGUGCGUAUUCCAAUAAGGAAACUCGUGGAAAAGACGGUGCUCUUGAGUGGUUGUAUGAACACUUUGACAAGGACGGUUUCUCUCUGUGGCGGGUGGACUUCAAGUACAAUGACGAGCUGACCCAGACGUUCAUGUCUGCCAAUCAGAUCGGUGGUUUCUUCAACCGUCUUGAGGCUUCUCGCAAGUACCUCUUCGGUUCAAUGGGUGUCCUUGGUCAGGCCAACGACUCUUUGAUCUCUGGCGCCCUGAUUGCUCGGGGGCAAGAUAUCGCACCUGUUAUCACUGUCGCUCCUGACUGGGAGUCCUACUCUUAUUCCAAGAUCGACCUUUCUGAUCCUGCUCAGAAAGAAUUCUUUGAGGCUGCACUCGCCUGGGACCUGAAGAUUGACGGUAAGGAAUGGGUCGAUGGAAAGAACUUCAAGUAAAUGUACUGCAUACCCUUCUCAGUUGUGUACUUUACUGUAGAUCAUCUUACUUAUAUCUCGUUUCGCUCUAUCUAGUUGUAGCAUCUCACAAAAUCAUGAAACGCUUGUAGAAGCUUAAAGGCGAAAGACGAGGUUCCGCUAAAGGGGACCCAUGAGUGUUCCAACUAGUGUGGAGCGGAAGCAUGUAAGGUUUUCCGUCAAUACUAUGUAUAUCAACGAUUUUAACUUUAGCGAUGC